GUAUUCCUGCAGUGAACUCGUAAUUUUAUUCAAAGCUUUAGAGAGUCUGCUAGUAUGGAGCAGGGACCCUUCUAGAAAGAAGCCUCCGACCAACUCUCAUUCCUGCUUUGAUUUUGAAGGCCUCUUUCUAAGCAUUUGAGCAGCGCGACUCCUCAAGUCAAGCAGCUAAUCAAUCUAAAAACUUCCGAAUACCUAAUGGAACAACAGCAGCAACAAACCCCGUCUUUGGACGAUUGCUUGAAGCUAUUGAAAGGUGAAAGAGAUGAGCAACGCCUUGCCGGUCUACUCCUAGUUACCAAAUUUUGUAAUGGAGAUGACCUCGUUUCUCUCCGAAAAGUUUACAACGCAGUCGGUGUUCACUUUCUUGACCGACUCUUAAGAACCGGUAUGGGUAAAGGAAGUGUUAGUGGAGGAGAUAAUAGGGAUAUGUAUCUGCAGUUAUCAGUUACAGUUCUGGCUGCAUUCUGUCGCGUGCCGGAUAUUGCUGCAUCGAAAGAAAUGGUUUCGAAGAUUCCUUUGAUUUUGGAAAUAAUGCCGGAAGUAUCAGGUUCACCUGUUCUUGAAGAGUGCUAUGAAUUUUUAUAUCUGGUAACAACUUCAUAUGAAGAUGGAGCCACAGCGUUUUAUGAAUCUGGAGGCAUGAAAGUGCUAGCAUCUCAGAUGAGUUCUUUGCCUGAUGGCUCUCAUAUGAUGGAGCUGGCGAUGAAAAUUGUACAGUCUAUACUAAGCAGGCUAUCUCAGGAUGUUGUUACCAAUACCUAUGUGUCAGAGCUAUCAAUGAUGGUGGCCACAGUAGCAAGACAAUUUGCUUUGUUGCACAGUUCUCUUAAAUUUGAAGCACUUCAUCUACUAUCCGAGAUCUUCUCAUCAAAGUAUUCAAAACCACUUUGUGAUGCAUUGUGUGCAAUGGCUGGCAACAAAUGGCCAGAUCAUAUGCGUGCUGGGAUUGUGGCUAUUUUACAGAAUCGUGUAGAACCUGCUGAAAAGCUUCAUGCCCUUAUUUUGGCUGAAUCUGUGAUAUCUAUAAUGGGGGAAGGCUGGCUGCUUGGUCAGCCAAACUUACCUGAUUUACCAGACUCCAUACCAGCUGACCGGUGUUUUCUGCUUGUCUUGGAGUCUGCAAGGGUUGAAGUUGCUGUUUUGCUGAAUGAUCUGGCCUAUUUGAAAUAUGAAGCUUCCAAGGAUACAUCAACAACUGUUGAAACUAUUCUCUUAAAGCAAAGAAAUGUGGCUAUUGCCUUUUCUUUGGUUGAGAGGGUAAUCAAAUUGACGUCAACCAUGGAUGAAGUUGAAGGGAGUAUUAUUGGUGAAAGAACUUUAAUAAAGGUGAUCAAUGGGCUUAACGAGACAAUUAAUGUAGUUCUAGAGUAUCUAGAAGAUGCCAAGGAGCAUGGGCAAAAGAAAGGAAAUGAUCUUCUUGCAUCUGUACGGGUAGUUGGGAGCUAUCUUGCAGAAACACCCAAUGCAUGCAAAGAGAAAGUUAGAGAGCUUUUGGACUAUAUGCUGACAAUUGAAGGUGAAGAUGAACCAAGCCCUUUUCACUCUAUAUCUUUUCUACUUCCAAUGAUGUGUCAAAUUACAAUGGAUAUUGAAGGGUGUGAAGCUUUGAUUUCUUCUGGAGGUUACAAAGCUGUUGCAGAAUGCCUUGUAAAGUUGAUUGGACCACGUGGCAACAUGGUUGGAGAUGAUGGCUGCACCUUCUUGGCAUGUGAUACAGUAUUGAAUUUGCUGUUGAAGAAAGAACAAAUGCGAUUUCGAAUGGCUGAAUCAACCUUCAUUGAUCUUUUGAAGGCCAUAGGAUAUUGGGCAGGGAAUGCAAAUGACCUUUCUGUUAUUAUCAUGGCUUCAAGCAUUUGUGCUCUGAUAUUUGAUUAUACAUCAGAGGAGACUCUUCUAAAUCAUCCCAACUUCGACAACAGCUCCCUCCAUAAUCUAUAUAAAAUCAUUGCAAGAAGUUUGGCUUCUUGUAAGCAGGAUAUGUCUGAUAUGGUUAGAGAAGAAACAGAUCUUCUCGAGAGUGUUACUUCAGGAUUUUCACGGUGGGCACAUCGGUUCCCUCGUUUAAGAGAGGCGGUUGAGAGUACCUAACAGCCAGGUGUUGAUUUUUUUAUGUAAUUAUGUGAAUGUGUUCCCGCUGGCUUAUGUAUGAUCUUUUGUAGUCGGUUUUGUUUUGUAAAGAAUUUCAUUUUCUCCUUAAAAGUUUCCCAUGUACUGGGAAUCCUUUUCAA